CGGAAUUUUCCGCUGCCCCCUUGCCCACUGCUCUGUCUUCCAUGUGAAAGCAACGAGUUUUAUCUAAGCUAAUACCUGAAAAAUCCGUCUAUCGCCACAAAAAACCUCCCAUCCUAUAUCAUUGCAUUAUCAUCACUCACGAAGCACGCUCUGUACAUGUCAGCGAUGAUCCUUCAUCCGACGUGGACCAGAAACUCACAAAUCCCUGAGUCACUCGGAUCUCUCCUGCAUCCGAGGAGCCUUCGUUACGGCUCCCAGCUGAGAUGUGAACUUUGGGCACCGUCAACUCGUAGUCCGCCUCGAGCGGCAUCUCACUCCAGCUGGUUGUAUGCGUCAAGGAUCGUUUCUGGCGCGCCGAGAACCCGCUGCGCUCAUACGUCGGUGGAUAUCGAGAUGCGUAGGUCGAGUUGCUGCGCGAGAGGAACGUUUUGAACGGGGGGAGACAGCCGACUAUGACCGCUACUAAUCGUUAGAAUGAACCUGCUGGCCCGAGGUAGGGAAGCAUACAGAUCGAUGACUCGGCAAUACUCCAGACGGCAAGUCCAGCUUGGUCCGAGUACGCACGGCCGGUGAUGUUGAUUGCGCGCACAAUGGCAAACGCAAUGAUGAUCGCUCCGAGCGAGAAGACGACCCCGACCCCGAUUUUCUGGUGGAAUGUGAUGCGGGUCGACCAGACAAUCUUCAACGCGAACCCCAUGACUGCCAUUGUUAGGACAUGGCCUGAAUAUCGGGGGAAGACGUACUCAUCAGAUCGGACAGAAUGUCGACGGCCGUGCUGUAGGAGAUGGAGAUGAUGGACCCUUGCUGGUCGAUGUCCUUGGUACAUUUGGCUGGACGAUCAGAACGAUGCCGACAGUCAGGUUGCGGGGUACUUACCAAACUUGAAGUAGUCGGACGGAGGAUGGCAGGUAAAGGCAGAGGCUAUCCAGCAGCCAGCGUACGAGCCAACGCAAAAGGCAACAAUCACCCACCACCAGCGCCGGUAGUGCGGAAGAUUGUCUGUCAUCCCCCAAAAUAGCGCGAGGAAUGCAGCCUUGACGCUCCAGAGGACGGACCAGAAGAGGCCGAUAAUGACAAACAUGUAAUGCACAUACAUGGUCGCAUGGUGGAUAAUGUCGCCAGUCAACGGGGUCAGUAUGAUGUAGUAGAGAUGCGGGGCUUGUAGCGUUUGGAGAACCGCAUUCACAACGAGGAAGAACAACGCAACAAGGACGAAAUAGUCGUCUGCUAGCAGUCGCUUCAUGCGCGUGAUUCGAAUCGCCAGACGAAGGCCCGUAAAGACAAUUCCCAGCCCAGCGCCAGUCCAGGUCACCGCAAUCAGGCCCCUCUCCGACAGAUGCGUAGCGACGCCCUGCGGAUUCAAAAUCUCAGCGAGGUUUGAACUCAUGAUGCUGGCUCAUAUCGAGCGCCGUGCUCCUGCCUCGCAGCAGGCUGCGACAUGUUGACGGCCAGGGUGCAUAUUUGAACAAGAGCAACGGCAAUCCGUCGGCGCAGAAGGACAGAAUGCCGGCUCGAGGACGGAACAGGAGACGUCGCUCACACGGGAUGAACCCUGUACUUUGCAUUUGGAAGGAUCCGACACGUCGUCUCUCCGCAGCCAAUGAGCGGUGGCUGUCGAUAUUGAUACAUGUGAAACUGCGCGAUCGACCAACGGCACUGGCUCCUCCCCCGCGGGAAGAGCUCGGUUGCGAGGCCACCAGGGGAGUUUAUCUGCGGCGGGGCUUAGCACGGCUUGAUGACAGGCUCAAGCGCAGGGUCCCUCGAGUAUAAGCGAGAAUUUAAAGCGAAUCAAGGGAUUCCUCGGAAAUGAAAGGCUGGCACGACGCCCUCGCUUCGUGUAAUCCUGGUCGAUGCAGGUACCGUGCAGCCGCGUGCCUGCCAUGUUUUAAAGCUAUGUCUCCCUCGGAGCUCGUGAUUGCCAGUCCAGUUUCAAGUUGUUUACUCAUAUUCAACCAUGAGGUCGUCCGUGGUUCUUCUGGCGUUGUCCGCCUUUGGUGCGGCAACUGCGUCUCUAGGGUGCAAAUGUACCCCCAACGACGGCUGCUGGAAGAAGAUCAACUGGGGAGCCCUGAACUCGACCGUGUCCGGAAAGCUUAUUCGCAACACGCCCCCGGCCAUCUCCUGCUACCCCGGCCCCGAGUACGACAAGGAGGAGUGUGCCUAUGUCAACUCGCAAUGGUCCAACACCACCUUCCAAGCGGAAGAACCCAUCGGCUAUUCUUAUCCUCUUGACAACAACUGCCCUGUCGUCGACCGGAGCGCGGGUCAGAUACCUUGGCCGGGACGAUGUGGCUUGGGGCCAUCGCCGGUAUACACAAUCAAUGCGACAGAGCCGAGCGAGCUGGCGGCGGGCAUUGCGUUUGCUCAGAAGAACAAUGUCCGCUUGGUGGUACGUAAUACGGGGCACGACCUGCUUGGGAAGUCCCUCGGCUAUGGGUCGCUUCAGAUCUGGCUCAGAUACAUACGCAAGGGGAUCACUCACCAGUCAAGGUUCAAACCAUCCAAGGCCUGCUCCAAGUGUGACUGGACAGGUGCUGCUUUCACCGUCGCUGGAGGUUACGUAUGGGACGAGGUGUAUCAAGAAGCCUUUGCUCGCGACUUGAUCGUCGUCGGCGGCGGUGAUCCGACCGUCGGUGUCAUUGGAGGCUACAUUCAAGGUGGCGGCCACUCUCCUGCCACGCGUGACUUUGGCCUUGCCAGCGACCAGAUCCUCGAAGCUCAAGUUGUCCUCGCCGAUGGGUCGAUUGUUACCGCCAACCCAUGCUCCCAUCCCGACCUCUUUACUGCCAUCCGUGGCGGAGGUGGUGGCACAUACGGCGUGGUCAUCUCCGUGACCAUCAAAGCAUUUCCUUCCAAGCCAGUCGUUGCGCAUUCUCUUCUCGUCGUCCCUAAAUCUAUUCUAAAGCUAGGUCCGCUCCAAGAAGCAGUUACAGACAUCUAUGCUUCCUUCCCUGCACUGUCUGAUGCAGGCUUCUCCGGAUACGGCUCAUGGUCUAUCAGCGACCCGAUCACAAAAUACGGGAACUCAUCGGCUGGAUACACGCAUGCGCUUGCUGCGUUGGAUAAACCUCUAUCCGAGGCGAAAGCAGCACUGGAACCGCUGCUCAAGACACUGGCCAAGAACACCGCCGUCGACGUUUCCGUGAAUUGGUUCGAGUUCCCAUCCUAUCCAGCCUACUACCGGGCAAUGUCGGGCGUGCACCAGGCAACUGGAGUACCCGAAUUCUCGCUCGCAUCCCGCAUGUUUGACAAGGAAGCAUUGACAUCCGAUCGCAAAGCUCUCCGAAAACUGAUCGGCAAACUCGCCGGGAACCUGCUAGAGACGACGAUCAACCAGGUCCUGCUCGUCGGCGGCGGCAAGGUGCUCGACGAGCCAGAUCUGAGCGGCGCAAACCCUGCAUGGAGAAAGACAUAUCUCAUCCACGUCGUCGCCCGCGGGUGGCUGGAGCUGUUUGGACCGGUCAUCGCCAAGGGCAUCCAGGACGAUAUCACGUACAACAAGUACGCGGCAAUGCGUGAGCUGACCCCAUCUACGGGGAGCUAUCUCAACGAGGCCGACCGAAACAAUCCGCGGUGGAAGGAAGACUUUUACGGCACCGCCAACUACGAUCGACUGCUCAAGAUCAAGAAUAAAUAUGAUCCUGACGGUGUGUUUUACUGUCCUACCUGUGUGGGAAGCCCGGCGUGGACUCAGCGGAAUCUGGCGGGAGAGAAUUAUGGUCCGCUGUGCGCUGCAAAAUGAUAGAGAUCGAUCUUCUAGAUGUACGAUACAGAGCUGGGAGUACAGCUUAAUACUUAGUAGUAAUAUCACUCGUUUCAUAUCCAG